AUGGCUCGGGCCUUCAUCCAGAACGUGGCACUGUCCGCGUUCGCCCUGUCUCACCUGGCGUCGGCAGCAACAAUUCAGUAUGACUUCGACAUCGGUUGGGUGAGAGCCAAUCCAGAUGGCGAGUUUGAGCGCCCAGUUAUCGGCAUCAAUGGCCAGUGGCCCAUUCCCACCAUUUUCGGGAGCGUUGGAGACCAGAUCAUUGUCAAUGCCCAUAACAGCCUGGGCAAUCAAACCACCUCGCUGCAUUUUCACGGCCUCUAUAUGAAUGGCACGACGCACAUGGAUGGUCCUGGUGGUGUGACGCAAUGCGACAUCCCUCCUGGAUCUUCCAUGACCUACAACUUCACGCUUUCCCAGCCAGGAACAUAUUGGUACCAUUCUCAUUCGCACGCUCAAUAUCCGGACGGACUCCGUGGUCCUCUCAUCAUUCAUGACAAGGAUUUCCCGUACAAGGACAAGUUUGACGAAGAGCACGUCCUCACACUUUCGGAUUGGUACCAUGACGAAAUGCAAGAGAUGGUCCCCAAGCUUUUCAUGACCAAGAACAACCCGUCAGGAGCAGAACCCGUACCGAAGAAUGCACUCAUGAACGAGACUGUCGGUUUCAAAUUCCCGGUAAAACCCAACACCACAUAUUUGUUCCGUGUGAUCAACAUGGGCGCGUUUGCUGGCCAAUAUCUCUGGUUCGAGGGCCACACGAUGCGUAUUGUGGAGGUUGAUGGUAUAUACACGGAAGAGGCCGAGGCUGAAAUGGUCUAUCUCUCAGCCGCGCAGCGUGUCAGCUUCUUGCUCACGACAAAGAACGAUACCUCUGGUAAUUUUCCUAUUGCUGCCAGCAUGGACACUACUCUAUUCGAUAUUCUUCCAGAUGAUCUCAACUACAAUUCAACAGGUUGGCUCGUUUAUGACGACAAGAAGGAUCUCCCUGCCGCAGCAACAGUCGAAUCUCUCGACCCCUUUGAUGACAUGACAUUGGUGCCAUAUGACAAGAUGGAGCUAUUACCAGAACCCGAUCGUGUGGUUCAGCUUGAUGUGGAUAUGAACAAUCUGCGGGAUGGUAUGAACUACGCCUGGUUCAACAACAUCACCUACAAGGCACCCAAAGUUCCUUCGUUAUAUACCGCACUCUCUGCUGGCGAAGACGCUACAAAUCCGGCAGUCUAUGGAACUUGGACGAAUUCAUUCGUUCUCGAGAAGGGUGAAAUUGUCCAACUUGUGGUGAAUAAUCUUGAUACCGGCCGGCACCCAUUUCACCUUCACGGCCAUGCCUUCCAGUCCAUUCAUCGCUCAGACGAGGAUGGAGGCUUAUGGGCAGACAGCCCUGUUACAGAAACAGACCUCCCCAAGACUCCCAUGAGACGAGAUACUCUGGUUAUUUAUCCCAGCGGCAACGUUGUGUUGCGCUUCAAGGCAGAUAACCCAGGUGUGUGGCUCUUCCACUGUCACAUCGAAUGGCACGUCGUCUCUGGCCUCAUCGCCACAUUCGUCGAGAGUCCGCUUGACUUGCAGAAAACCAUUACGAUCCCACAAGAUCAUCUGGAUGUAUGUCAGAAACAGAACAUUGCCACAAAAGGCAAUGCUGCUGCCAAUGCUGUGAACUUCCUCGAUCUCACUGGAGAGAAUGAGCCUCCGCCACAAUUGCCUUCCGGAUUCCAGCCUCGUGGCAUUGUUGCUCUCGUAUUCAGCUGUAUUGCUGGUAUUGUCGGUACACUGGUCGUCGCCUGGUAUGGCCUGGCACCAAUUCCUGAAACAGAGACUGGAACC